CCAUCCUCCCUCCUCAUCGUUGGCGCAGGCGUGUUUGGUCUCUCCACUGCCCUCGCCCUGACGAGACGCCCAGAGUUUAAACACACCACCAUCACCGUUGUCGAUCGCUCGCCCGAGCCAGGCGUCUUUCCCUCACGGGACGCCUCCUCGAUCGACACCUCCCGCAUCAUCCGUGCAGACUACGCCGACCCAGCGUAUGCUGCCCUUGCCGCAGAGGCACAGGAGGUAUGGCGCCAGCAGGGCCACCCAGACGACCUGGGCGCCCAGGGUCGGUACAGUGAGACGGGUCUGCUGCUCGUUGCCGACGAGUCUCCUUCUAAGGACCACGGCAGUGGCAAGAAGUCUGGCCUGGACUACGUUCUCGACUCGUAUGAGAACGUCCUCUCCCUCACCGCCGCUGCAGGCCCUUCUGGCCGCCCUCUGUCUGCCGCCAACAAGAUCCAGGAGCUGCCCAACCCCUCCGCCAUACGCGACACCUAUGGCACGGGCGGCUGCUAUGGAUCCUACGGCUACAUCAACAGGCUCUCCGGCUGGGCCGACGCCGAGGCAAGCAUGGACUGGCUCUUCCGCCAAGUCAAGGCCACCGGCCGCGUGACGUUUAUCAACGGCACCGUCACCUCCCUGCUGCACUCGCCCACCACAGGUGCCGUCACAGGCGUGGCGCUCAAUGUCGACGGCGGGACCACCACCAGCAGCAGCAGCAGCAGCUCCAGCACAAAACUCGAGGCGGACCUGACCGUCCUCGCCACCGGCGCCUGGACCCCGACCCUCGUGAACCUGACAGGCCGCGCCAUCGCCACAGGCCAGGCCCUCGCCUACAUGGACCUCACAGACGCCGAGCAGGCCCGCCUCGCCCACGUUCCCACCCUGCUGAACCUGUCGACGGGCUACUUCAUCAUCACCCCCGGCCGCAACAUCCUCAAGAUCGCUCGGCACGCCUACGGCUAUCUCAACCCAACGCCUUGCUCCCCGUCUUCCCCCACCAGCGGCAGCGGCAGCGGCAGCGGCAGCGGUAUAGCAGGCACCACCACCAUCUCCCUCCCCGUCACCCACCUCACCCAGCCGUCCCUGUCCAUCCCCCGCGCCGAGCAGGACGCCAUGCGCCGUGCCCUGGCCGAGAUGGUUCCCUGGCCCGAGCUGCAGGCCAGGCCGUUCAGGACCACCAGGCUGUGCUGGUACACCGACACCCCCGACGGGGACUUCAUCAUCGACUACCACCCAGAGCACAAGGGCUUGUUCCUCGCCACCGGCGGCAGCGGGCACGGGUUCAAAUUCCUGCCCGUCAUUGGUGACAAGAUCACGGAUUGUAUUCUGGACCGGUGCCCAGAGGCCUUCAGGGGAAAGUGGGCACUCAAGAAGGGGUCGUUGGACGGGGCAGCAUCUGCUGUUUGGGAUGGCGUUUCUACCGAGGACGGGAGCCGGGGCGGUGUGCCAGGUCUGAUCUUGAGCGAGGAGAUG